AUGGAACCUGCGAGGCAGAGCCAUAGGCUCAGACUUAGGAAACAACUGUUUCCAGUUCAGAGAUGGGAGCCUGUGAUAUCCAACUCCGUCCCGUCAAUGAUCCCGUUCUGGAUCAGAAUCAAAGGUCUCCCACUCCACUACUGGCAAGACGACAUGGUGUGCAGAGUGGGUAAGGAACCGGGAACUCUUGAGAAUCAUGAGUUAACAAAAACAACAGCCAGGGUCCAAGUGUCAGUUGAUGGUCUAAAGCCUCUGAUUAAGGAACUAAUAAUUGAAUUCGACUCUGGAGAAGAGACCUCGGUUACCUUGGAGUAUGAGAAGUUGAAAUAUCACUGCUCAGUCUGUUUCUCGCUCCUACACUCAAAAAAAAAACUGCCCGAAGACAAGGGAGGAGGAAAGAAUCUGGAGCCAGACCCAAAAGACGUCACAAACUGA